CAUUUCAGACAUAAAGAGAGUUUACUAUAUGAUCUGAUUUAGUCUAUGUCCAGAAUAAGAAAUCAGCAGUGCAGCAUUACGGAAUUAAUUCUGUUAGCCAUUAUCUUUAUGACGUUCUUGGUUUAUUAUUCUCAGCUUAACCCAGAGACAAACAUCUGUGUAGAAAACUCAACGUCUUUGUGUAUUUGUGGGUCUCUAUAAAUAUAUAUAAAGAGAGAGGUUUUGUGUGUGGUGGUGGUGGAGGGGGGAUUGCAUUGCAUUGUAAAGAGUUUAUUUUAAACGUUUUCAUAUAUAUUUUAAAGCUUUAUUCUAUUAUCCCUGAUCUUUAGUUUAUUCUCCUUUAUGUUUAUGAGGUUCUUGGUUUAUUGUUCUCAGCUUAACGGAGAGACAAACGUCUCUGUAGAAAACUGUGUAUUUGUGGGUCUCUCUCUAUAAUAUAGCGAAUUUUGUGUGUAUGGUGGUGGAGGUGGGGGUUGCAUUGUAAAGAGUUUAUUUUAAAUGUUUUCAUAUAUAUUAAAGCGCUAUUUUAUUAUCCCUUCAGGGUUCGCAGGCUUACAUAGAAAAUUUUUGCUGUUAGGCCUUACAAGUCCUUAUAUUUACCAUGCGGUCCUUACAAUUCCUAGUGUCUUUACAUUUUCUCUGUGACCCUUACAAGUCCUUAUAUCGAUAAAAUAUUACCACAGAUUUCUUCUUCAUUCCUCUUAUAAAUCCACAGAUUUAUUUUUGGAGUCGACUUUGUCUCAAAAUACAGACAAUUUUUUGCCUCACUGCUAUUUUAAUCACAUGACUGCCAAGUCUGGUUUGCGAUGAGAACUUACAUUUCAUGAGAUUUUAGUCUUUACAGAUGACCAUAUUUUCUUGUCUUCUUGACGAUUACAAAAAUGCAGGGGAAGUGUUUUUUUUUCAGGAGAACUGGCUAAAGGAAGAAAAAUAUAAAGACUGGUUGAUAAAAGACUCGAUAAACACACUCCUCUUUCAAAAGACAUUGUACAAGCGUGCAGCUGUAAUUGAAGAAUUCUGGGACUUGAUCAACACUGCUCACGUAGAAAAUGGUCACAUUGGCCUGUCACAGACAUAUGCUGCAAUUCGUCGGGUGUAUGCUUUACUGCCACGAUGUCUUGUGGCAAAGUAUAUCCAGCUGUGCCCCAUCUGUCGACGCACUGCACGACAGAGUUACAUUGGCCGCAACAGAGCACCGCCUGCAGUAUUGCCAUCAACAAAGCUUGUGGAUGGUGGCAGCAUUAAUCGAUCAGAAUUGAAUCAAACAAUAACUGUUGUGACCACAACGUCACCGACACAGUUUGAUGCAUUGGGUACAACAGAAAUUAUUGCAGAUGGCACUCUUCAGGCUUCAGCUAUUCAGAGUAUCAUUGCCCAAGAAGGGCUUUCUAAUUCUGAUGUCAUCGCUGAAAUUACUUUGAACCAGACAGAGGAUGGGCAGACAGUGGCUGUUGUAUCUGAAGCCCCUUCUCAGGUGCAUUUGGAUGGUCACCACAGUGCUCACAGUGAGAUGGAAACUCAGACCCAUGUAGUCACCAUGGAAGGUGAUGGAACAGCAGUCACUGCUUCUCCACAAGGCAAUCCUGUUGUCAUUUUCAACUGUCAUAUUUGCAACAAACAGUUUGAGAAGAAACUUACAUACCAGCGCCACUUAAGAACUCACAGUGAACACAAUCCCACAAUGCCUGUUGUCCUAACACCACCACCCCCAAAGCGAAUCAAGCUUGAGCGCAGAACACGAUCUGUGGGACAGCGGCAUGCGGUGAUCCUUGAUGUAGACAUGGGAGUGGAUGCUGGGCAGGCCCUCAUGCUGGCAGCCUGCCGACCUGACGUGGACGUGAUGGCUGUCACUUGUGUCAGUGGCAUUGUCACCAUCGAGCAUGCCUGUAACAAUGCUUUGCGAGUUUUAAAGGCCUGUAAUCGGGAAGACAUUCCAGUUUUCCGUGGAGCAGAAAAGCCUCUAGUAGGGGAGGCUACUCAGACAACAGAAAACCUUGUUGGAGUUGCAUGGGACAGCAGUGUUGAUACUCGACAGAUUGAGCCUGAGCAUGCUGUUUCAGCUCUUAUCCGCUUCGUCAAUGACAAUCCAGGACAGAUCACCCUUGUCUGCCUUGGUCCAUUGACAAAUUUAGCGUUGGCACUGAGACUGGACCCACAAGUAGGGAAGAAGCUUAAGAAUGUUUAUAUUCUGGGUGGCAACAUUGAAGGUCGUGGUUCCAGCACUCCUUGUGCAGAACAGAAUUUCCACUUUGAUCCCGAGUCAGCCCAUAUUGUUUUACAAGAGACCAGCAACAUCACACUUCUGCCGUAUGAAGUCUGCUCACGACAUGUCCUCGCAGGGGACUUUUUCUACAGUUGGGUGCACCUGGGCACAGUCAAGUCGGAGUUCGUCAGAACAUCAAGUGAUGAGAACUGGCUCCAGCUGCACAAUAAGAAUGGCUAUGCACCAGGCUGUGCUUAUGCAAUGGCUGUGGCCAUCGACAGAAGCAUCGCUACCGACCAGGAACUGGUUUUUGCUAGAGUAGAGCUUGGUGGAACACUGGCAAGAGGGAUGAUGGUAGUUGACUGGGGCUUGGUAUGGGGUAAAGCUAAUAUCCAAAUUGUGCGUUCCCUGGACAUGGGAAAGAUUCAAGGAAUGCUUGCUGCCAUGGUACAGGAUGAAGCCAUCUUAGAGCAAUACUAAGUGUCAGAAGUCAUGUUUGUAACCUUACUCAGCAACUAGGGAUUACAUCUGUAUAUUGAAGUUUAUGGCUGGCAUGAGAGAUUAGCAGAUGGUGAGUGCACCAUGUUAAAUAUUUGCUUGUCUGCAUAUUUUUGAUUUUGGUACAAAUUAUGUUAAGGAGCUACAUAUAAUGAAGAUGAUACUGAAAUUUGGAUUAAAUGAAAUCUUAAAAUGUUAGUUGUAUUCAUUAAAGCUAUGAUUUCAUCCUCCAACUUUCAUCAGAUUUGCAGAAAAUUGUGCUCAUCGCAAUUCCUGUAGCAUUAAAAUGGAUAUGGCUGUUAGAUUUAAUAAAUUCUAUGUUAUCUACUUCAAAAAUCGUUCAUGCCAUGUAGAAAGAUUUCAAAGACUGCUGUCAGCAGAGCUUGUUCCCACGACUGCUAUUGUGAAUAAAAGGAAAUGUGUGCAAAUGUGAAA